ACAACGGUUCGUCGAAAUGUGGGCCCGCGCCGUGUGUCUGCUCGUCUGUGCGACUGCGGUCGUCUGCGAAGCUGUUACUAAGAAGUUCUGUGAUGAUGUGAGUCCGGGUGUUUGCACCGUGCACAGUGUAGACGUGGACCCGUGCCCUAAGGGCAUCAACUUCUGCAGUCUCUACAGAAAAAAGCCCUAUACGCUCUCCGUCGACUUCACUCCAAGGUUCUCAGCCCGAAACCUGCGCCUAGCGAUGUACGCCGACGACAACAACGACGGAAGCUUUGCUAAGACUGUCAAAACUGUUGCCGACCCCUGCGACCUGAUGACGUGUCCGGUCGACAGGAAUAUACCGAGGUUCUUCAACCUGCACUUUACGCUGGACAAGACACAUGGCACUGCCAAAUUCCCAGUGAAGUUCAAGCUCUGGAAUGCAGACAACGAGUCCCAGGCGUGCUGUUUUACCUUUAAUGUUAAAGUUAAGAAAUAAAUACCUUUAUUUAUCUUAA